GGGAGGAAGGGAUCCAGAGUUAACCGAGAUCAGAGUCCCAGUUGUGGACACGGCGGGCAUAGAGUGCCGCCCCUCGCAAAACUAGGAAUCUGGAGGUUCACCUUUUCCUGCAAAUCUAUUUCGGGACCCUGGUCCGGGCGGCGCUGAGCGGGCGGAGGGCGAGGUAAAGGCGUCUGCCGUAGCUAAAUGCCCCCCUCUACCCUACGCACACCUUCGCCUUCGAUCCUGAACCGUCCGGGGGCAGAGGAAAGAGGCAAAGCGGGAGGGCGAAGGCGAGGACAUGCGCACGGCUCCUAGGGGACCGAAGGGCUCAGGUGUGCUUUUCCGACUCCCUGCGACCAGGGCUUGGAGCAGGAGAGCCCUUCCUGGCGCCCUGCCCCCUUCCUGGCGCUGGCGCACGUGUGGCACUCCCUUAGCCUGGUCCUGGCUCCUACCCUGACCCCAGCGCAGCCAGCGGGGGUGGCAGAUUCAUCACUUUGAUCUGUGCGUGGGCAGAUGCAGGCGCGUCUAAGCGGUGGGUGAUGAGCGAGCAGAGCUCACACUGGGAACUCCUGUGGGAGCACAGGUAGGGGCAGCCCUCGGACAGAAAGAGCCUUUCAGACUGUGGGAGUCCCGGGAAGAAAAGACAAGAUAACGUGUGUGGGAGGGGGGCUCCCCCAGAUAGGGAGAUGGGGGGGCAAAGACAGAAGGAGCAAGGGAGUGACAGCAGCCUGGGCCCAGCAAAGGUUUGGACUUUAAAACCACCAGUGGCAGCCGGUGGAAGGAAGGUAUUAAUGAGCAGGACAGAGGCCUGUUCCCUCCCCAGCCUGCGCUCCCAGUGUCUGCGCUGUCCCAGCACUUGUGGAAGCGGACAGAGGUGCAAGACAGGGACUGUGGCUGGGCCAGAACUUCCCUGCUAGUCCAGCUGGCCAUAUCGCCCUCUGAUCCUGAGUUCUCCUCUGUAAAAUGGGAGUGACAAUUCCUACGUCACAAGGGGCACACCUGGCUCAACCUGCUGUCCUCUUGCCCCCACAGGACACUGUCGCCCACCCCUCUUACAGAAUGCCUGAGGGCCCCGAGCUGCACCUGGCCAGCCACUUUGUGAAUGAGGCAUGCCGGGGGCUGGUGUUUGGCGGGUGUGUAGAGAAGUCUUCCAUCAGCCGCAACCCGGAGGUGCCCUUUGAGAGCAGUGCCUACUGCAUCUCGGCCUCAGCCCGUGGCAAGGAGCUGCGCCUGAGCCUGAGCCCUCUGCCUGGGGCCCAGCCCCCACAGGAGCCGCUGGCCCUCGUCUUCCGCUUUGGCAUGUCUGGCUCCUUCCAGUUGGUGCCCGGGGAUGCGCUGCCACCCCAUGCCCAUCUUCGCUUUUAUACAGCGCCACCUGGCCCCCGGCUUGCCCUGUGCUUUGUGGACAUCCGCCGAUUCGGCCACUGGGACAUCGGGGGCAAGUGGCAGCCGGGCCGAGGGCCCUGUGUCUUGCUGGAGUACGAGCAGUUCAGGGAAAAUGUGCUACGAAACCUAGCGGACAAAGCCUUUGACCGACCCAUCUGUGAGGCCCUCCUGGACCAGAGGUUCUUCAAUGGCAUUGGCAACUAUCUGCGAGCAGAGAUCCUGUUCCGGCUGAGGAUCCCCCCCUUCGAGAAGGCCCGAACGGUUCUGGAGGCCCUGCAGCGGCGCAGGCUGGUGAGGAGCCCGGAGCUGACCCUGAGCCAGAAGAUCAAGGCCAAGCUGCAGAACCCGGACCUGCUGGAGCUGUGCCACUCAGUGCCCAAGGAAGUGGUCCAACUGGGGGGCAAAGGUUAUGGGCCGGAGAGUGGGGAGGAGGACUUUGCUGCCUUCCGAGCCUGGCUGCGGUGCUAUGGCGUGCCAGGCAUGAGCUCCCUGCGGGACCGGCAUGGCCGCACCAUCUGGUUCCAGGGGGAUCCUGGACCCCUGGCACCCAAAGGGCGCAAGUCCCGCAAAAAGAAAUCCAAGGCAACACGGCUGAGUCCUGAGGACAGAGUGGAGAACCUUCCACCUCCAAACAAGGCCCCUUCCAGGACACGAAGGGCAUGGAGAGACCUCCCUGAGAAGACUGCAACCCAGCAGCCCCAGGGGACCAUCGUCCACCAGGACCCAGAAGUUCCCACAGUCCCUGAGAAAGGGGAGACAGGCCACCCCUGAUGGGCUUUCCUCAGCACCCGCCUCUGGGGAGGGGAGGGCCACCACAGCCCCUGGCCUUUCAUGAGAGGAUGGGAUGGCAGUGCAGGACAAAGGACAAAGGUGGGAGGGAGCCCCGGCCUGCAAGUUCGAGCUAACCUUCGCACCUGCUUUCUGCUUCUGCCCAGGCCACUGCAGCCCCUGGAAGAUUAAGGCUGACGCUCCAUCCUUGGAACUGGAGGGGACCUCAGCCUCUUAGCAGGAGGGUCUCCUUGCUUACA